GUGGGCGGGGCGGCGCGGUGACGUCUGACGGCGGCGGCACGGCGGCCGCCCCCUUCUCAAGAUGGCGUCGCUGCUGCAGUCGGAGCGGGUGCUGUACCUGGUGCGCGGCGAGAAGGAGAUGCGGGCGCCGCUGUCGCAGCUGUACUUCUGCCGGUACUGCAGCGAGCUCCGCUCCCUGGAGUGCGUCUCACACGAGGUGGACUCUCACUACUGCCCCAGCUGCCUGGAAAACAUGCCUUCAGCUGAAGCCAAGCUGAAAAAGAAUAGGUGUGCUAACUGCUUUGACUGCCCCUGCUGCAUGCACACCCUUUCCACCCGGGCCACGAGCAUUCCUGCUCCGCUCCCUGAUGACCCGGCAAAGACUACCAUGAAAAAAGCUUAUUACUUGGCCUGUGGAUUUUGCCGCUGGACUUCCCGGGACGUUGGCAUGGCGGACAAGUCUGUUGCUAGUGGUGGCUGGCAGGAGCCGGAGAAUCCUCACACACAGAGGAUUAACAAACUGGUUGAGUACUACCAGCAGUUGGCUCAGAAGGAGAAGAUCGAGCGAGAUCGGAAGAAGCUGGUGCGACGCAGAAACUACAUGCCCCUGGCCUUUUCGCAACACACUAUACACGUAGUGGACAAAUAUGGCCUUGGAACCAGGCUUCAACGGCAGAGACCCGGAGCACCGAUCAGUGCCCUCGCUGGACUCUCCCUGAAAGAAGGAGAGGACCAGAAGGAGAUCAAGAUUGAGCCAGCUGAUGCAGUGGAAGAAGUGGAACCUCUUCCUGAGGAUUAUUACACAAGACCAAUCAAUCUGACAGAAGUGACGACUCUGCGGCAGCGUCUGCUGCAGCCUGACUUCCAGCCUAUCUGUGCUUCCCAGCUCUACCCACGUCAUAAGCACCUCCUGAUCAAGCGUUCACUGCGCUGUCGGAAAUGUGAACAUAACCUGAGCAAACCAGAAUUCAAUCCAACAUCUAUCAAAUUCAAGAUCCAGCUGGUUGCUGUUAACUAUAUCCCGGAAGUGAGAAUCAUGUCUAUUCCCAAUCUGCGCUACAUGAAGGAAAGCCAAGUCCUUCUGACUCUGACCAAUCCAGUGGAGAACAUCACACAUGUCACACUGCUGGAGUGCGAGGAGGGAGACCCUGACAACGUCAACAGCACUGCCAAGGUGGCAGUUCCUCCCAAGGAGCUUAUUCUGGCUGGCAAAGAUGCUGCGGCGGAAUAUGAUGAGCUAGCAGAGCCUCAAGACUUCCAAGAUGAUCCUGAUGUUAUUGCCUUCAGAAAAGCCAAUAAGGUAGGAGUUUUCAUCAAGGUCACCCCCCAGAAAGAAGAGGGCGAAGUGACCGUGAGUUUCAAGAUGAAGCACGAGUUUAAAAACCUCGCUGCUCCAAUCCGGCCCUGCGAGGAAGGCGAUCAUACUUCUGAGGUCAUUUGGCUCACCCACCACGUGGAGCUCAGCCUCGGUCCAGUGCUCCCAUAAACGCUCCCAACGCUUGCGCCCCGACGGCUGGCCGCAGGACGGACUGUCACAGUCAGAGCACCUGGUGAAAUGUUCUGCGAGAGCUCCCGUGUGAUGUGUGGGUGUGCGCCACGGGCCCCAGCCGGGCUGCGAGGAGGUGGCUGAGGGUGCUGUGGUUUGGGAUGGUUUGUUCUCUCUCCUCUUGUCGUAGUGCCCACUGACUGCCGCUCUGCUUCCCCACACUGCCACAGGCUAGUUUUAACUCGCAGCACGUGUUUCAGCACAGAGAAAGAUCUCGCUUUCUCCAGAUUGGCACUACACCUGCCUGAAUUUGGUUUUAUCCCCAGAAAAGAACCCGUAUUGUUUUUUUUCUUCAUGUCAGCACACAAACCUGAUAUGUUACAUACUUGAUAGUGAACAACAACUUUUUCACACAGAGCUAAACCCUUCCUGAACAGACCUUUUAGGAGGUGGCCGUGACUGCUGCAUUAUUGGCAAGUUACUGGCAGCAGCACGAUGCUGUCUUUUGGUUUUCUGCUUCCUCAUAGGAUACCUCAGCUGUGGGGAAUUGGAACAUACAACCCUACCGCUCUGGCAUACGUAGCUUGCUUAGCUGAGGUGAUAGGUCUGUUUUCACAAAGAAAAUGAUCAGUUUGCCUUUAAACUCAAAACAUAUUGCACUGCAGUGCUAAUGGAUCUGACUGGCAAGCAGGCCUGCUGUCAGCCCGCCAUGUCACAGGUGGAUGUGGUAGCAUGAUGCGCUGUGAGCUGGGAAUACAGGUUCUGCUCCAGCUUUUGACUGAGGCGGGGAUGCUCCGGAGGGGCUGCCAGGCAGAUCAAUUAACAUCUUAAUAGGGGUAGCGAUCUGAGUAUGAAACCUGGAGAGUUAAGAUUUAGGUCUGGUGUACACAAAACUACAGAGGCUGUUGGAGCUCGUACUCUUGUCUUUUUCCAGUUAGGGUGGGUGGGAGGGAGGUGUAGAGGUGGACAGGCAGUUAUACGUUAACUAGCAUACACUGUCCAUAAGGUAAUUUAUCUGGGGUGUACUCUGACUGUAGUCCAAGCUAAAAUCAGUAAUUAAGAGCAGUGUAUCCAGGAUACCGAAUUACCAGUAACUGUGUAGCUUCGUGCACACAGAUGAGAUCACUCUCCCUGCAGAGUGUUCCCAGUUCAGACAUUGACCUUCAUUAAACAUUUCCGAUGGGCUUUGAUGUGCUGGGAAAGGCGUGAAUAUACCAGCCCAGCCGCGGCUGCGUUGCUCAAGACACUCGUGCCGUAGCUCUGCAAACCCUCUGCAUGGGGGGGCGGGAUGAGGCUGCUCGCUCCUCGGGCACGCCGUGGUGCAGCACCCAAAAACCUGCCUUGGUGUUCCUGGGCAAAGGCGAGCCUUGCAGCCUCCGUCCCGCAGCGGGGCUCGGUGCGGUGAGGCCUCAUGUUUACAAGUUCACGUAGGUUACACGCAGAUGUACAGCAUGAGUUUAAGACUUGUAGAUCGUAGUUAACAUCUAGUGCUAGCGCCUGCUGCAGCUUUACCUGUCCAGUGCUUAACCUUUGGCCGUGAUUUCUCAUCGGUAGCCAAAAAUAGCUGCUACACUUGCGACACUAACGUGAAGAAGAGCCUUUGGGGAUGGGAUGGCGUCUGGCGCCCCUGCUCCUCAACGCUCCAUUUCUCACAGAAAACAAGAAGGUGAAUCAAUUUAUGAUAUUGUGAGUGGUUUAACUAGCUCGGUGAGGUUUGUUGGUUGGUUGGUUUGGUUUGUUUUUUCCCCCCCCCCCUCUCCCCGUAGGUGCUUGUAGGCAAUAGGAAAGGUGUCAGUGUGUCCCUCAUCUGUCCCCACUUCUCAGCGUGCUCACCCCUCUGUCUGCCCCUUCCCGACAGGCAACUGUUGCCUUACUGCUUGACGUCGUGUAGUGACCUUCAAUAAAGCAAACGUGGCUCUCGGA